GUGGACUCAGUGGACUCACUGGACUCAUUCAUCAGAGACUUCUCACAGUCUGAGGUGUCUCAAUAUUCAGUAAGCUACCAACCAUAGCUACAAUGGCGAGCCCUCCGAAUGGCCACCUUCGAACACUACGGGAUCCUCUUGAUGAUUCUCAGUAUGGCAUUGACAUUGCCCUCAUUCCUGGCAUUGGGACAUCUCCACCAGAAGACUGGCCGUUCGCAAAACCAGAAUGGCUCGCUACCCUCCCCGGCUCCGGUACUGGGGCACGCGUCCUCGCGUACGAAUAUGCUUCGCCUUUUACCGGAAGCAAGCCUUCAUGGGAGUCCAUGCUGAUGCUAGCUUAUGAUCUUCUGCAGCAUUUAAGUGACUCAAGGUCACGAUUACACCCCGAUCUGAUAUUGAACAGGCCUAUUCUGAUCGUCUGCCACAGCCUGGGUGGCAUUAUCGUCAAACAAGCUUUGUGCAUCGCCAAUAAGCAGUUUUUCCGAUUUGGGUCAAUCGUUAACGCCAUAGCUGGGGUUAUAUUCCUAAGCACUCCACAUCGCUAUCAUGACAAGACCACGAGCUGGAAUAGGUUUCGAGAUAUCCUAGAAACAACGACUGGGAAGAACCUCAAGAUUCCAAGCUCUCAUAUCGAACAAGAAGGCUCUAUUCUACUAGAUCUCGCAGAUAGAUUUGAAGGGAUCUCGUUCCGUACCCCUAUAUUAUCCGUCUAUGAAUUGAGAGAAUCGAAGAACAGCUCGGCGCCAUUACUCCCUAAGUACCAACAAUUGGUCAACCGUGAGGCCUGUUCGACUCAUGCGCCGAUGGAAACAGUCAUUGGACUCAAUCUCAAUCAUCAUGAUACCUGUCUUUUUACGAGGAGUAUUGGCGGCGAAGGCUUACCUGAAUUAAACAAGUUCAUGCGCGAUACACUGGACAGCGCCGCGCAUCUUGUUGCGCUUCGACUUGAGGAUCAGGAGUAUCAAUAUGCAACAAUGAGUGCUUACUCGCCCACGAUGAGCGAAGCACCACUAAAAGGCCAGCAAUUGGAGCCGAGCGAAUGGCCUUCUAAUCAAGCAACCGAAUGGCCAUCGAAUAAAGCGACGGAAGGAACGUCUCUUUCAGGAUUUGAGUUGAUACAUCCUAUUACACCAAAGAACGAGGUUCAAAAGACCCUCCAUAUACCCUGUUACCUUCUCAACACGCAUUCUGCCAACAUAGACUUCUGUGGCCGCGAAGACGUCUUGGAUCGCCUUGCAGCUGAGCUCUUACCUUCGAAGAAUGUAGUUGCAGCAUCGAGCACCGGUUUACGACAGUUUGCGCUCUGCGGGUUUGGAGGGAUAGGUAAGACAGAGAUAGCCCGUGAGUUCUCCCGACGCUACAAAGAUCGCUUUGAUGCAGUAUUUUGGGUUGUGGCAGAUGAGAUUGCGAAGCUUGAUCACCAUUACCAGCAGAUAUCGUUGGCACUUGGACUUGAAGAUGCAUCAGAUUGUAAGAGUCAAGUUGUCAGCAGGGAACUUGUGAAAGGCUGGCUAUCAAAUCCCCAGAAGCAUUUAUCAGGAUCAGAUGAGCCAUUUCAACUUGAUCGGGCUGGCUCAGAAGCGACUUGGCUACUAAUAUUCGACAAUGCAGACGACCCAAUGGUUCUGGCUGACUACUGGCCACAGGGCAGCGGUUCAGUCCUUAUCACUAGCCGUGAUCCGUUGGCCAUAAGCAUGUUUACGAGAAGACCUUCAGGUCUUAGUCUCGGCCCACUUUCACAAGAAGACAGUCUAGCGCUCUUUAACCAUCUCACUGCUACCUUCAAUGAACCGGAAGACAUUACAGCGCGGCAGAUCUCUGAUGCGCUUGGUGGGAUCCCUCUGGCUAUCUCACAGAUGGCCGGUAUCAUACGUCGCCAGGACCUCACUUUGUCAGAGUUUCUCGAGCUUUAUACAGAUCAUGAGGAGCACGCUAGUCUCUAUGAGACUAAGUUUGAUACCAAUAUGGUCACAUAUCGUCAUUCUCUUGCCACUGUGUGGACAUUUGAAAAAUUGAAACCUCAGGCUCGGCAAUUGCUGGAACUACUUGCAUUUCUAGAUCCAGAUAUCAUUCGAGAAGACUUGUUAAUGCAACUAUCGGCAGAAAUGGCUUGCGAGAGUGCACACUACAAGAAAAGUGCAUUUAUCGAGGCUCGUUCUGAUCUACUGCAAUUGUCUCUGAUCCAGAGAGAUAAGUCAAAGCAGCAAAUAUCGGUUCACCGGAUUGUCCAAGAUGUAAUCUUGGCAACAAUGGAGUCUGCGAAGAAACAUUAUAUUUUCGACGAAAUCGUACAAAUUCUCUGGGCGAAUUGGCCGGCGGCCAUGCCCAAGCCGUCUAAGGAGCCAGAGCUACCCCAGCCUAAAUCGAGCGGUGGCAGGCUAUAUGUUGGAAGAUGGCCUGCUUGUGCGGCUCUUUAUCCUCAUGUGCUAAAAUUGCAUCAGCUCUGGUCAGAUAUCGCGUGUCCUUCCGAGACCACGAGAAUGCUGUUCGCAAAGCUCCUCAAUGAAGCUGCAUGGUACCAAAAGGAACGUGGGCGGACAAAGCAUUUUGACGGUUUCUUCGAAACUGCCCGCAGUAUCUGCGACUCCUCGACACAUCCGGACCGAGAAUCUCUGCUUGCAGACAUCCACUUCUGCCUAGGGGCUAUUGCGAUGGAUGCGAGCGACUUCAAUGCAAGCCGCAUUCACAAGGAGCAGUCUCUAGAUUAUGUCGCUGGCAUUUGCAAGAGAUUGGGUACCGAGGACGAGCGGCUAUACCUCGCGUACGCAGAGCGAGGAAUCUCGCGCAUCCAGGAUAGGCGAUACGAGGAAGGUGAAUCCGAUCUCAAGGAGGCACUGCGGAUGCGGAAGGCUCUUGGAAACUACAUCCCCCGAUCUGGGGAAGCCAAUCUGAGCUGGGCUCUUCUCGCGCAGGGCAAGCUUGAAGAGUGCAACACCCUUCUUCUGGAUAGUCUGGCCGGUCGAGAAAAGGCCCUGGGCAAGGAUGAUCGGGAAUCGGUCCGGACCGGGCUAAUUCUCUAUGCACUUGGCAACCUCCGUGCUGAACAAAACGAGUGGGAGGAAAGUUUCACAUACCAUCAGCGAGCGUGGCAGCACAUGCGUGCUACAGUGGGCGAUCGGGAUUUCUACACCGCAAAUGUUGCGCACAAGAUUGCCGAGCAUCUAAUUCGGUCCGGUCAGAGCGAAAGGGCGAUUGCUAUGAUCAAUGCAGCGUUGGAGAUCUGGUCAGUCGAUCCGAACGCACACAAGAACGAGAUUGCCCGCACCACUUUCCUCAAGGGUAAAUUGUUCGAGGCGACUGGCAAGCCCCAGAAGGCUUCCAUUGCUCUUCGGGUUGCCUGUCGUCUUCGGAAGGAGAUAACGAAGGAGGAUCGAGAUGUCAAGAGCUUGACGACAGAAGACUUUAACAGAAUUGUUGCCUUUUGGGCUCGCUGAUGGGCUCUUCUUGACUUUUCUUCUUCACUACUUUGUUUAUUAUCUUUCUCUCUCUUAUCUGUGGGGGUUAAUCUAUGGCAUUCAAGUGGCCAAAAUGACGUGGCUCC